UACUCAAAAAAUAAAACCGAUAAAAUGUGGUUCAAAGUUUUAAAUGGGGUAAAAUUGAUUAAAAUUGCUUAAAUGAGGUAACCCCUCUCAAAAAUGACAAAAGAUGGGACAAAAAAAUAGAUUCUUUUUUCCACACGCCUCCCAGCUGGGAGCCAGGUUCCAUUACGUCAUCUUGGGCGAAGUUAUUGUUGCUUCUUACUUGGCAUAUAUGCAGCAAACUAUCCUCGUGAUGAAGACUUGGUAAAAGAACUAGCUAGCUUCUAGUAAACCACUGAAGUUGUCGAGUUGCCAAGUGUGUUUAUCUCCUAUGCUUCUAAAAAACUAUGCCUCGACGGUCACAAGGAACUCUCCGACGAAUCAAAUGCAAGUACAAUGCCUGAUCAUAAAAUACAAGCAGAAUGCCAGGCCCUAACAAGAAACCCCAACAAGAACCAGCUCAGUUUUUCAGAAGAUCCAAGAACGAGAUUAGCCGCUGGAGCAACAAGAAUCAUUCCUUCUCUGUGGCUCUUGGUGCGUGUCGUUCAUUCUGCAGCAUCUCUCACUAUAAAUUCUGCCGAUCAUUCACUCGGAUGACAUAACUGCAGCAUCGACGACUACUUGUACGUAGCUAGGAUCGCCGCCGCCGAGCUAGAUCUCAGUUAUACUUGCGUCAAUGGCGUGUCCACCGCACGCGAUCGUCAUCCCCUACCCAGCGCAGGGGCACGUCAUCCCGCUCAUGGAGGUCGCGCACGCGCUGGCCGACAGGGGCUUCAACGUCACCUUCGUCAACACCGAGUUCAACCACGCCCGUGUCGUCGCCUCCAUGUCCAACGGCGCCGGCAGCGGGCUGGGCCGGAUCCGGCUCGUGGAGGUGCCGGACGGCAUGGCCCCCAGGGAGGACCGGAACCAGCUGGUGAGGCUUACCAUACUCAUGGCAGAGUUCAUGGCGCCGCGGGUGGAGGAGCUCAUUCUCCGGAGCGGCAAGGACGGCGCGUGCCCGGGCAAGAUCACGUGCAUGGUGACGGACUACAACGUCGGGUAUUGGGCGGUUGACAUUGCGCGGAGGACCGGGAUCCGGGUGGGGGCCGUUUGGCCGGCGUCGGCUGCCGUCAUGGUCACCUUGCUCAGCUUUCCCAAGCUGAUCGAGGACAACAUCAUCGAUGCGGAAGAUGGGUCUACAGUGGGCGAGGGAACAUUCCAGCUGAGCCCCGACAUGCCUCUCAUGCACAGCGCCCACCUCGCAUGGAACUGCAUCGGCGACCACGACCAGCAGGCCACCCUCUACCGGCUCCUUUGUGACGGCGUCCGCGCAAUGGAGCAGUGCGACUUCGUCAUCUGCAACUCCUUCCAGGACGCGGAGCCGGCGUCUUUCAAACUCUUCCCCAACGUCCUCCCCGUUGGCCCGCUCCUCACCGGCGAGCGCAGCGGCAAGGCCGUGGGCCACUUCUGGCAGCCGGAGGACGACGAGUGCAUGUCCUGGCUCGACACGCAGCCAGAGAGAUCCGUAGUGUACGUCGCCUUCGGCAGCUUCACCAUGUUCCACCGGCGCCAAUUCGAGGAGCUCGCGCUGGGCCUAGAGCUCUCCGGCAGGCCAUUCCUGUGGGUCGUGCGCCCGGACAUCGGCCACGGAGCGGUGCACGACUACCCGGAAGGCUACCUGGACCGGGUGUGCGGCCCCGGUGGCCAGGGCAAGCUCGUCUCCUGGUCACCGCAGCAGCGCGUGCUGGCGCACCCGGCGGUGGCGUGCUUCGUGUCGCACUGCGGGUGGAACUCCACCAUGGAGGGCGUCCGGAACGGCGUGCCUUUCCUCGCCUGGCCCUACUUCGCCGACCAGUUCGUGAACCAGGUGUACAUCUCCGACGUGUGGAAGGUCGGCCUCAAGGCCGUCGCCGACGAGUCGGGGGUCAUAACCAAGGAGCACAUCGCCGGCAGGGUGGAGGAGCUGAUGGGGGACGCCGGCAUGAGGGAGAGGGUGGAGGCCAUGAAGAAGGGCGCACACGAGAGCAUUCAGGAAGGCGGCUCCUCGCAUGGAAACUUCGAUGCUUUUGCGGAGGCCAUGAAGAAUGCGGCGCCUGAGAGCGUUCAGGACGGGGGCUCCUCACAUGGAAACUUCCAUACUCUUGCAGACGGCAUGAAGGCAUGAUCAUCUGCUGCUUGAGUGUACGUGUGGUAGUGUGUG